AUGGAAGCAGUAGCAAUCACGGAAGCGGACGGAGCGGAGCGGGUCGUGAUGCAGCAGAUGCAGCCGAUGCAGCAGGUGCAGACGAAAUGGGUUGAUGAGCUAAAGCUGUCCGCCGACGAGCUGGGCAAGCUGAGCCUGCGCGCCUAUCGACACACGCGCACUCGUCGCAUUCCGGAGAGCGUGCUGACGACGUUUGUCGAGCUCAUCAAUGCGUCGUUCAGCGGAGAACAGCAUACGCACAACUUUGGCGACAAGCCUCGAUACGCGUCCACCGAGGAGCUGCUGCGCGAUCUGGAUCGUGACCGAGGCGCGUGGGUGUUGAUGCUCUUCGCUGCCGACAAAGCGGAGGCCGAGAUCGAGACGGCGCUGGGGCCGGGGCCGGAGCGGAAAGAGGUGGCUGUGGCGGGAGCCAAACUGACGUUGAGCGGCGAGGGGAUGGAUGGAGGCGAGGGAUAUACGCUCGUGAAUCCGAGCUAUCGAGCGCGCGAGCAUGCCGAGCAGCUGCCGACGUUCUGGCUGGGUGCAUUGGGCAGCAUCGCGCCCGGUGCCGGUGCAACACUCAUCUCGCACAUCAAGACGUUCCUCUCGACGCUCACUAGUCAAAAGCCCUACAGGCUGCGCGCAUAUACGGUGGCGCAGUGGGGCCAGAGUGACCCCAGGUACACCAUCCCGCCACACUCAAGCCUGCUCAGCUGGUUUCAAUCACAGCACUUCGAGGUGCUCAACUACAGCUGGAAACCGCCAGGCACGUGGGGCAGCUUCUACGGCGCGUGUCUGUGCGCGAUCGAGUACGUACACGCCACCGACGACGAUCGCAGCACCUAG